UAAUCUUAAAAAAAUGCUAAUUUGUUUUUAUUUGCUCAAGACCACGUGAUGCUUCUGAGAUUUUGGCCACAGAAUUGGAAAAAGGCACGGGUUCCUUAUCGCAGGGCGCAAAGGCGAAUACAAGCCUUACGAACAGCGUAAACAGUGACGAUGAUAUGUUUUCUGGAUUUUCCAUAUCACCACCAACGAAACAGUCAAGCGCACCUUCACAAGGAAUUCAACAAUUAAAAUUAAAAUCGAAUAAUGAUGCGCUAAAAAUAUCGCACACUUCAUCGCCUAAACCCGACAUUCUCUCCUCGCUGAUGAACUCGAAUAUAUCGAAUCUAAGCAACUCUUCAUCGCCAAAGUCCUCGGUUGCCCCCACAUCCGCAAUGUCACCGAUUGUGAAUCCCUAUACAUCUCCCGGCAGUAAUGUGACCAGUCCCAACCAAUCGCAUUCAACUGACGCUUGGACAAACAACUGGCAUAGCGCAAAUCCUUUGGUUAUGAAUCAUCAACUGGCCUCACCACAAGCCAAUAAUAGUAGUAAUAAUAAUUCAUCAUCGUUGGAUAAAUUAAAUCCAUUCGGUGGUGGGAAUAAGAGCGCAAGUGUGCAACGACAAGUUGUAAACUAUAUUUACCCUUCGGGCUACAACAGCAGUGGUGCCAGUGGAAUCAGCAAUGGCAAUAGUAUGAGCAGCUUGAAUAAUAUGAACAACUUAACUCCACUGAUACCGCAACAAAAUGCAGCGCAGAAACAGGCACAGGAUAACAAAAAUCUUAACACAUUAUCACAGCAGGAUAUACUAAGUUUCCUAAAUUAAUUGAACAAUGCCAAUGUGUUAUUGUGCGUUUCUGUAACAUGAUUGCAGCGAAAUACUGCGUGCAUUCCACAUACUAUGGGUUACAACAAAUACAAGUGUAGCGUUUAUAUGACGUGGCCAUUUUAAAUAUCAAAGACAAUUUCAAAACCAGCAGUUAUAAGCGGACAAAGAUGAAAUGAUGUAGGAGACUUUUAUUAGGUAUAUAGAAUAACAAGUGCAAUAUGCUGAUUGCAAGUGUUAUGUAUGAAUGUUUUAUUCGUUUUCUUUUUAUAUACCCAUAUCACACAGAUUUUGGGCAUAACCUAAAACUGUCAAACAUUUCAAAUUAACAAAAACUAUUUACGUAGGUAUUCCAGACUUUUGGCCAAAUUGUGCAUGUCGUUUUUGACUAGUUGUUUUUGUAAACUUUAUCGUGAAUAUUUAAUUAUCUGAAUCAACGGUAGCUAUAGCAAGAUAAACCAAUUCAAAUUAUAUUCUCAAAUCGCACUCCUUCGCGAUUGUUUUUAGAAAAUCCGAAAAUUUAUAAAUUACUAUAUUUUGUUAGAAUGUAGUUUCUUUGAUUCGACUAUUGACCUUUAAAGAG